UUUGCUCUGGCAACCCUGUACGCGUCUACGAUUUGUUUCUGAAGAGGUCGUCGAUGACUUUGCGAUUAUACAAAAUUACAAAGAAAAAGUGUGUCCGUUGUAGUGCUAUUUUACUGUUUAUCAUCGUUUUAUAGUGUAAGCAUAUAAAUAUCCACAACAUGGCCGGAGCAAUGUUAUUCGAGAGAUCGCGCGUCUCGUCGUCGACGAACAGAGACGAGGACGUCCGCAUGACCGACAAAAUGGUUAGCACUGGCGAGGUGCCCGAAGAUGAUGAAGAAAACAUAAGGGCUAAAGAACAAGGAAUCCUCAAUCUUGGCGAGAAGUACAAGAAGGAAGGCAAGGCUAAAGAACUCGCGGAGCUGAUCAAGGCAACAAGACCGUUCCUAAGUUUGAUAAGUAAAGCAAAAGCUGCUAAACUGGUCCGCUCUCUCGUUGAUUUCUUCCUUGACUUGGAAGCGGGCAUUGGAAUUGAGGUUCAAUUGUGUAAAGAAUGCAUAGAAUGGGCCAAGGAGGAGCGUCGGACAUUCUUGCGACAGUCUCUGGAAGCGAGACUGAUUGCGCUCUACUUCGACACAGGUAUGUACACCGAUGCCUUGGACCUGGCUACAGCCUUGCUCAGGGAGCUCAAAAAGUUAGAUGACAAAAACUUAUUAGUUGAGGUACUUCUUUUAGAAAGCAAAACUUAUCAUGCCCUAAGCAACCUGCCUAAAGCCCGUGCCUCACUGACGUCAGCUAGAACUACUGCAAAUGCAAUUUAUUGUCCUCCCAAAAUGCAAGCGGCACUUGACUUACAGUCUGGUAUCCUGCAUGCUGCUGAUGAACGUGACUUUAAAACUGCUUACUCAUACUUUUAUGAAGCAUUUGAAGGUUAUGAUGGGGCUGACAGCCCUAAAGCCUUAACAGCAUUGAAAUACAUGUUGCUUUCCAAGAUCAUGUUGAAUAAUGCUGAAGAAGUAGGAUCAGUUUGUAGCAGUAAGACUGCUCUUAAGUAUGCUGGGAAGGAACUAGAAGCUAUGCGGGCUGUGGCCACAGCUUCUCAUAAGAGGUCUUUAGCUGACUUCCAAGCUGCUCUCAAAACCUACAAACGUGAACUGGAAGAAGAUGCAGUGGUUAGAGCUCAUCUUGGAGCUUUGUAUGAUACAAUGUUGGAACAAAACUUAUGUCGCAUUGUCGAGCCAUAUAUGCGGGUUCAAGUUGACCAUGUAGCCCGUUGUAUUCGUCUGCCUGUUGUUCAAGUUGAGAAAAAGCUUUCCCAAAUGAUUCUGGAUAAAAAACUGAAUGGUAUUCUUGAUCAAGGUGAAGGUGUUCUAAUUGUGUUUGAUGAGUCCCCUCUUGAGAAGACCUAUGAGACUGUCCUGGAGACAAUCCACCACAUGAGCAAGGUUGUUGAUACUCUGUACCAGAAAGCUAAGAAACUUUCAUAGACCCAACUGUAAAUUUAUUGUAGCAUUAAAAACUAAUAAUGUAUAUCAAAGUAACCAUAAAUUUUCAGUUUGAAAUAUUUGUAAAUUGAACUAUUUUUUGAAUGAAUUCCAAAUUGCAUUAUUUGUACCACAAUGUUGUAAGUGAAAUAGAUAAUUAAAAAAAAAAAAACAAAAAACUGUCUAGAAAAUGGGGAAUUGCUGCUACCCCAGAGUAACUUGGCUACAAAAGCUAAUUGUGUCCAUUGGCACCUUACCUAUUCAAAAAUUACGCAUUUUAAAAUAUACUAAUCUUAUUUUGAUUUAACAUUUCCUUUUUUAACAUAAGCUAGUGAAAAAUUAUAAUAUUCUGUUUUAUUGAGAUAAAUAAAAGGUGUUCUCCAAA